AUGGCUACUCCACAAGCAAAUUUGCCUCUCGAUGUGGUCAUCGUCGGUGCCGGUAUGAUUUGGAUUUCCUGCAUUGGCGGCGUAGCAGCAGCCUUGACUUUUGGUUUGCGUGGCCACCGCGUCGUGAUCCUUGAGUCCGCCCCGAAACUCUUGGAGGUUGGAGCUGGAAUCCAAAUUUCUCCUAACAUGCUGCGUCUUUUCGACAGGUGGGAUGUUUCGGAAUUAAUGUACAAGCAAGGUGUCGCCUUGGAGAAUAUCUAUGUUCGACGAUGGGAAAACGGCGAGCUCCUAGCCACAAUGCCCGUUAACAGGAGCUUCGGCAAGCAAAUUGUCAUCCAUCGAGCUGACUUGCACAAUGCCCUAAUUGCAAAGGCAACAGCGUUGGAGAAUGUAGAGCUGCGAACAAACUCCCACGUGGAAAGUGUCGACUUUGAUGCAGCCACCGUCACAUUAGCUAACGGCACAAUCGUUCGUGGAGACAUUAUUAUCGGUGCUGAUGGCGUCAAGUCCAACAUCCGGAGCCAGCUAUUGAAUGACCCGACAUCCAAGGCCAUUCCUACUGGUGAUGCUGCGUACAGAAUGCUUCUGCCUCGCUCCGUGAUGGAGCAAGAUCCUGAGCUGAAGGCGCUUAUCGAUGAGCCUCAGGCAACUCGCUGGCUGGGACCUGGUCGCCACAUUAUUGCGUACCCUGUUCGGAACUAUGAGCUGUACAACGUUGUUCUUCUUCACCCAGACAGCAAAGAUGCCGAGGAGUCAUGGACCACUAAGGGCUCGAAGCAGACCAUGCUCGACAACUACAAGGGAUGGGACCCGAAGCUGCAGAAGCUGCUUAACUUGGUGCAGGAUGACGAGGUCUUGGAGUGGAAGUUGUGUCUGCACCUGCCCCUCAAAACCUGGAUUCGUGGAUCAGUAGCUCUGAUUGGUGACGCUUGCCACCCUAUGCUCCCUUAUGUUGCUCAAGGUGCAGCACAGGCAGUCGAGGAUGCAGCUGCCCUAGCUGUCCUUUUGUCGACAAUCACUUCUAAGAAUGAGAUCCCUCGUGCGCUGCAAAUAUACGAACAGUCUCGCAAGCAGCGUGCAGAGACGGUGCAGGCUUCUGGUUCGGAGAAUCGCGUCACUUUGCACUUGCCUGAUGGACCAGAGCAGGUUGCACGUGAUGAGCAGUUCAAGGCAUCUGCUACCGGCAAUAGCCCAGAUAAAUGGGCUGAUCGUGAUACCCAGACAUUCCUGUGGGGGUGGGAUGCAGAGAAGGCUGCAUUGGACGCUUGGAACGGUACGUCAUUGGUCGACAUGUAG